UCCCAUCCCGAUUCCCGAUGGACGUACACCGCCUGCCUGACCAAGCGGAUAUCUUCUGUGCGUUGCCUAUCGCUCAUCUCGGGCGGCGAACGCAGCGCCGCACGGUUCAAUGUGCGUUACACUGCGCGUUGACGGCUCACGCUGCGUGGCUACGCAUACGACGCGGCCAAUUCACUCCUCAGAACCUCACCGGCGAUACACGUCCCGGACACUGCCGCGGCGAAUCAAUCAGUGCGAAGCUGGCCUACUGAGUCCGAAUUCUAUUCCUCGAGGCGCAAUGGAGCUAGCACCCUUGCGCACCUCGGGUCCCAGUGGACGAGAGCAAUCCUUCCCCAGCGCUCACGCCGCUUUCCAUCUAAUUUUACAUAACAUAUCGUGAAUCGAGUCAACACGUCCACCAUGGACCGAAGGUAGCCUGCUGGAGAGAUCUUGGCCCCGAUUCAAUCACAGAAGGUCGAUGAAAGCCUGUCUAAACUCCGUGCGCUCAUGUUGGAUACAUCAAGAUUGGUUUUGAAGCACGAAAAAUUACGUUGAGGACCUCAUCAAAGCGUCCGCUGAACGGCGGCGAACGGAGACAAUAGCUCGCAGCAGUGGUUAAGGCUUCGCCUGGUCUGCGAAAAAAUCGGCUAUGAGGGUGAUGACAGCCCUUGUCUGCAUUGUCUUUCGAGUUCUGCUCGUUGCGACCCUCCACUCGCCCUAACCUAGCCUUCGGUUCCCGGUGCCCGUUGUAAAGAACCAAGGCAGCGUUGCUUUAGUUCGGCUCGGAAGUUGAACCGAACCUGAAGGCCGGCUCUCAGGGACAGCUUGAACCUAAACGGACUUCAAGUCCGGUUCUAGGUCAGAGGCGAGGGAAUUUUUCUUGAACCUCCCUGAACCGGUACGAACCAUGUAUGAACCUGAACAUUUUUCUGUGCGAAUCGAUCUAAAAAUAUAGAGACAGAAGUGAAAUUAAAGAUACCAUCAUCGCGAAGACCAGAAAUCUGACUUGGAUACGAUAUCUUCUUGGCCACCUGGACAACCCUGAUAAUCUAUGACCCCAUCUAGCAAUAGUAUUCUUUUUCUCCUGGGUUUCACUAUCAGGGUCACCGUCCUGCACGCACAUCCACGGCGCUCCGAAAGCGCCGAGCUCUACGACUCUACGCGUAUUGUUCGUGAGACAGUCCUUCCGUUCUUUCUGGGCCGGUGCCGCCAGUAUCGCGUCGAUUUGUGCUUCCGAGUAAAGGUGCAAUUUGUCCAACACGCCUCGAACGACGUCGGGUUUCGAGAUAUCGGCAUGCGGAAGCACCCAGAGCGAGCGGAAGAACGACAGCAAGG